UUUAUGUAUUUUACUUAUUUGUGUGAGCCUAUGUGAGUUUAUGUGGAUCAUGUGCAUGGGAGUCGUUGGAACUAGAGUAAUAGAUGGUUGGUUGUGAGUCAUUAUGGAACUGAGCCUGGGUUUUCUGUAAGAGCAAUAAGUGUGCUUAAUUAUCUCUAUCUCACCUUCCCCAUACCAGCACAGUGUAUUUCUUGACAAAAAGUCAAGUUCUUUGAGAGAAAUGCAGUUCUCCUUACCCUUGUCUUUUAUGGUUUCUUGACGAAGUCAGGGUUCUCAGCAUUGACAUCUCAGGAUCAUUUGUGGAUUGUGCUACAGAUGAAGUUAUUGCGAUCUAGCCCGAGUGCAUGAGAUGAGUACAUUAAAGAGGGCUUCAUCCUAAAAGGUAUCAGACUCAGGUCAGAAGUUUUGGUGGCAAAUGUGUACUGUCCCAUCCUGUACUUUCACGUGCCUCCACAACCCCCAGACAAGGGGUUCUUUGGAUUCACCUCCUCUCUGCCUCAGCCUUUCAGAUUAUUCUGACCAGGAUGUUCAGAGAAACAACAGCCUUGGCCUGUCAUGCUUCAAAAGGACAAAACAGGCUCAACUUUGUGAAAGUUGAAGAAAAUGGUGUUUGGAAGCAGGAUUUAAGUCUUCAGGGAAACCUCCAGAGCCAGGAGGUUUUUCGUCAGCAGUUUAGACUGUUUGGCUACUCUGAUUUCACUGGGCCCCGGGAGGCUCUGAACCAACUGCAGAAGCUUUGCCAGCAGUGGCUGAGGCCAGAGGAGCACUCCAAGGAGCAGAUCCUAGAACUGCUGGUGCUAGAGCAGUUCAUGACUAUCUUGCCUAUGGAGCUGAAGGCUUGGGUGCAAGAACACAGGCCCAGAAAUGGAGAGGAGGCUGUGACUCUGCUGGAGGAGCUGGAGAGAGAAUUUGAUGAACCCAAGCACCAGGACACAGCUCAUGGUCAAGAAAUGAUCUGCAAAGAAAUGACACUCAUGGAAAUGUCAGAGUCUCUAAGUAGUCCACUGCAGUCCUUGGAGAACCAAUGCAAGAGUGAACCCCAGGAGCCCCAGAUUUUCCAUGAGAGAGAUGAGGCAACCCUACCAUUUAGGGUUGAUGAUGAAGAUAGCAAGAUGGCGACUGUGAAAGUAUUGACAACAAAGCAAGAAAUUAUUGAAUGUGUUGCAUCAGUGGCCAUGGCAUCUCCAGGAAGACUUCCUAGGGAAACUUCUCCAGUACAGAUAGUUGAAGAAACCAUGGAAUGUCUGGACAACAAUGAGAAGCAAAGAGGAAGCGAUGAUAUAAGCAACAAAACAAGUCAGCUUUCUUCUCAGGAAGACUACUUCAGUUUGGCAACCUUUAACAAGAAACCCCCUACAGAACAGAACAUCUUUGAGUGUAAUAAAGGUGACAGGAUCCCUAGUCAAAACUUACAUGGUACUACACGGCCCAGAACUCAUACAGGGAAACUGCUCUAUGCAUGUAUAGACUGUGGGAAAGCUUUUUGCAAUAGGUCAAAACUUAUUAGACACCAGAGAAGUCACACUGGAGAGAGACCUUAUGCAUGUAAAGAAUGUGGAAAGGCCUUUGGUUUCAGAGCAGACCUUGUUAGACAUCAGAGAAUUCACAGUGGUGAAAAACCCUAUAAAUGUUGUGACUGUGGAAAAGCUUUUGGGAGCAACACAGGGCUCAUUAGGCAUAGGAGAAUUCAUACUGGAGAAAAACCUUACGGUUGUGAUGAGUGUGGGAGAGCCUUCAGCCAAUGUUCUACUCUUAUUCAGCAUAAGAAGAUUCACAGUGGAGAAAAACCUUAUAGUUGUGAUGAAUGUGGGAAAGCCUUCAUCCAGAGCUCUGCCCUUAUUCAGCAUAAGAAGAUUCACAGUGGAGACAAAGGUUAUGAAUGUACUGAAUGUGGUAAGGCUUUUUGGACAAGUUAUGUUCUUAGGGAACAUCAAAGAAUCCACACUGGCGAGAAACCUUAUAAAUGUAAUGAAUGUGGAAAAUCCUUUAAUAGAAGCUCAGCACUCACUGUGCACCAGAGAACUCACUCUGGGGAGAAACCUUAUGAAUGUAAUGAAUGCAGGAAAAUAUUUAGGCAUAGGUCGGGCCUUGUGCAGCAUCAGAGAACGCAUGCCAGAGUUAAGCUCUAAGGGUAAGUGGUUGUACAACUGUGAAAUGCAAGGAAUUCACUUUGAAGGCGAGAUUCCACAAAAGAUAGAGAAGUUUCCUUAUAGCAGGACUUGUCUUUCCAGCCCAGUUCUGUAAAAAGAGAUCCACACAAAAUGUUUGCAUAUUGAAAGAAGAAUUUUAUCCAAAACUUGUCUACAAAGAAUGGUAUUUUCUAAGGGGGGGGGGAGACUGACCCAUUUCUGGAUGAGGACUCUCACCAAUCCACUCUUCAUCCCACUCUCCACUGCAGAUAGAACUGCGAUUGAGCACCUUCAUGUAAGUCCAUGAUUGGGGCACAGAUCCUGUAAGAUCUCUCUAUAAGGUCUGUCUGUAAAAGUGUUUAUAUCUGACAGGAGUAGGCAUGUUUUAAGAGUUACUGAAACCUGAAAUGUUGAAUUGAGGCUAUGAAAUGUCAUGUCCUGAAUCAGUUUAAUAUCUGAGGAAUGGAAGAUCAUUCUGUCCCUUGCUAGUGCUUUUAACCCUGAGCUUCCUGUUACAGUAUACUUAUUUAGAAUUUGUUGGGCUUAGCCAUUGGGAGAACAGGCUUGGUCACUGUCUUCUCCAAACUAAGGGCUAAUAGAAUACACAUAUUUAAUUAAAUCAAUUAUUACGGUAAGUGUGUGGCAGUAACUAUGCCAGUUAAAUUCAGGAUUUUAUAAAUAUCAGAGAUUUUUUUCUGAUCUAUGAGUAAACUAAAAAUUUCUUGGAUGUGAUAUUGAGACCUAAAAUGUAGAAUCAGCAGCUUGGCUAAUGGCAGAACAGAUGCAGAGGUCAUAGCAAUACAUAGCAUGAUGAGGAGUGGAUAUUCCUGUUUCAUGACUGCACUCUAGUUCCUACUGGAGUUGUUUUUGUGAUCCUAGUUCAGAAGUCAGGUUGGUUUCUUUUCCUGUUUGUAAUAGCCUGAGUUGGAUAACAUGAAAUGUUUCACAUCAUAAGUGACCUACAUGAUCAAGAAGUAUUCAGAAUUAGCAUGAUUAAAAAAAAAAUGGUGUUUUUAAAGUCAUGCAUAUAUACCAAGGAAACAGCAUGCACUGGAAGCUGAAGGACACUGGAGCCCGGAGACUCCCUCAGCAUUGGGUCUGCAGAUAAGCCACUUGAGGGAAAUACAGAGUCAAUCCUUCAGAUUCUAUAAAAUUCUUACUUGACUUUAACUUGGCAGUUUUAAUUAAUCCUUAAUCGAUGAGGGUAAUUUCUACCUAGCAGAGUGUACCU